AAUGAGCCUGACCCUUCUCGCACCUGCCGGCCGCGCUGCCCGCCGGCGCCGCCAGACUCUGCAGUCGGUAAUCCCGCUGCAGGCUCUGGCUAGACUCUGCCUGCUCUCGGGAGGGGACCAUGCCGCGCUCCUUCCUGGUGAAAACGCACUCCAGUCACAGGGUCCCCAACUACGGGAAACUGGAGACACUGAGAGAAGCUAAUGGCUCCUGCUCUGCCUGCAAGGAGCUGGCAGGAUCCCGCCACCUGCCAGAGGAGGAGGCCCCUUGCAAUCCCAGCGACCCCCUACAGCCUUGGGACAGUACCUCUGCCGUUGCCUGCAUCUCCUUGCCUCUUCUGCCGAAUCACAGGGAAACUCUGGGAGUCUCUGGCCCAGAACCUCAGGAAACCAGCUGGGUGGGCCCUCGGGCUGCCCAGGCCCCCAGUGUGACUCUCAAAGACAGUUUCACUCUGCCCCCGCUGUUGGUGCUGCCCACACGCUGGCCCCCAAUCCUGGGCCCAGACGGAGCUCUAAAUGAACAUCUCAGGGCUGAGGGGACAUCUCAAGUCCCAGGUAGCUUUGAGUGCAUCCACUGCCACAGGCCGUAUCCUACACUGGCUGGCCUGGCCAGGCACCAGCAGCUGCACUGUCACCUGCCGACGGGGCGCGCCUUCACCUGCAGGUUCUGUGGCAAGGAGUAUGCCAGCCUGGGUGCCCUCAAGAUGCAUAUACGUACCCACACGCUGCCCUGCAUCUGUAAGGUGUGCGGCAAGGCCUUCUCCAGACCCUGGCUGCUCCAGGGUCACAUCCGCACCCAUACAGGUGAGAAGCCCUAUACCUGUUCUCACUGCAGCAGGGCCUUCGCUGACCGCUCCAACCUGAGGGCUCACCUGCAGACUCACGUUGGUACCAAGAAGUACAGGUGCGCCGUGUGCCCCAAGGCCUUCUCCCGCAUGUCUCUCUUGGCGCGGCAUGAGGAAGCCGGCUGCUGUCCUGGCCCCUAGGUGGGCACAGCAGGGUGGAGGGGCCAAACCCGACAAUCCUCUCAGUGGUUCUGUCAUCCAGGAGAGGGCCCAGUUCACUGUUGCCUGUGUCCUGCCAGAACCAAGCCCAGUGGAGCCUUCGGGCAUCUUCCCCUAAGGCCUGUGUUCCGAGGAGACUUAUCAUCAGGAGGCUCACCAAAAUAAGAACCAACGGUUCCGUUUUUCAGUUUGGCCUGUCUGCUGGACCUGUUCCAAAAGGAGCGUCUAUUUGGGAAAUAGCUAACACUGGACAAAAUCCACCAUGACCCCUGGGUCCCCUUGUGUGCAGCUUGAAAUGACCAUUUUUACUUGAGAGCACAGUGUGUGCACAACCUUGGCAAGCAUAGCUACCUCUUAGCACCAGGCUCAGUUACCUUCACCUCGGGGUCAGAGACACAUAUUCUCCUGCCCCUUAUGUACACAUACGUGUAUAUACACAAGCACACAUACACCCUGGCCCCACCCCGUAAGAUGAGGCAGGGCCAGGGAGGAGUGGGCUAAAGCCAGGCCUCACCUCAUCUGUCCUCAGCACUGUUGUCCUGCUUGGGGCUGGCCUCAGUGGCUGGUUAACGUCUCAGGAGAGCAGCUAUGUGUAAUAAAGAGCCUCCACGCUCAGGUCUCCUGUCUUGAGCCUUGACGUCUCGAGUCUUUACCAAUGCCUUAGAUCUGUGAAGGAGGCAGAAUUCUCCAGGGGCACCAGGAUUUGGAUAACUUGGACCCUUCUGAGCACAGAGCGGACAGGAGAUGGAGGGCAUCAUGUCCGAGCAUUUCAGAGGCCUGUGUGCAGGCGAGCUGCGGCCUUCGCUGGAAGAAUCGAAACCUGGAAGAGAAGCUGCGUGAAGUGACCUGGAGGAAUGAUGUUGGGGGCACGCUAGCAGCAGGGUUAAGGACCCAUGAAGGAUACUCGGAUGGGAGAACUGGUAGGGUGGCUAGCAGUUGGGUAGUGUCCCAAGCACAGGAGAGGGCAGAACUUGGAUCUUCCAGUGGCUCUGACUGACUCAUGUUGGAUUUGGGCAGAAAAAGGAGACCCACAGAAUCCGGCAGAGAGAAUUCUUGACAUAUCUUUAGGUAACAGUCUCUCAGCCA